GUGCAGGCGGCAUGGAGAAGGACGGCCUGAGCCGCGCCGACCAGCAGUACGAGUGCGUGGCGGAGAUCGGGGAGGGCGCCUACGGGAAGGUGUUCAAGGCCCGCGACCUCAAGAACGGAGGCCGGUUCGUGGCGCUGAAGCGCGUGCGGGUGCAGACGGGCGAGGAAGGCAUGCCGCUCUCCACCAUCCGCGAGGUGGCGGUGCUGAGGCACCUGGAGACCUUCGAGCACCCCAACGUGGUCAGGCUGUUCGAUGUAUGCACAGUGUCCCGGACAGACAGAGAGACAAAGCUAACACUAGUGUUUGAACAUGUUGAUCAAGACUUGACCACUUACCUGGAUAAAGUUCCGGAGCCUGGAGUGCCCACUGAAACUAUAAAGGAUAUGAUGUUUCAGCUCCUGCGAGGUCUGGACUUUCUUCAUUCUCACCGAGUAGUGCAUCGUGAUCUAAAACCACAGAACAUUCUGGUGACCAGCAGUGGACAAAUAAAACUGGCUGACUUCGGCCUUGCGCGCAUCUACAGUUUUCAGAUGGCUCUUACUUCAGUGGUCGUCACGCUGUGGUACCGAGCUCCAGAAGUCCUGCUGCAGUCCAGCUACGCCACGCCCGUGGAUCUCUGGAGUGUCGGCUGCAUAUUUGCAGAAAUGUUUCGUAGAAAGCCUCUCUUUCGUGGAAGUUCAGAUGUGGAUCAGCUAGGAAAAAUCUUGGACGUCAUUGGACUCCCAGGAGAAGAGGACUGGCCCAGAGAUGUUGCCCUUCCCAGGCAAGCGUUUCAUUCCAAAUCUGCCCAGCCGAUUGAGAAGUUCGUAACAGAUAUCGAUGAACUAGGCAAAGACCUGCUUCUGAAGUGCUUGACCUUCAAUCCAGCCAAAAGAAUAUCUGCCUACAGCGCCCUGGCCCACCCGUACUUCCAAGACCUGGAGAGGGGCAAGGAGAGCUUGGAUCCCCACCUACCGCCCAGCCAGAGCGCCUCAGAGCUGAACACAGCCUGAGGCCCAGCGGCCGCCCGGAGCUGGCCAUCCGGAGGACACCACGGUGGCUGACGGGUCCCCAAGCAAGCCCCGCAGAGCUGCUGAGGAUGGCUGUCGCGAGACCUUCGGCUGCUGUCGUCUGGUUGGGCUCUGCCUCCCCAAGGAAACCACCUAGUUUACUGUUCCGAAAUCAAUGCAAGAGUGAUUGCAGCUUUAUGUUCAUUUGUCUGUCUGUCUGUCUGUCUGUUUCAAGAACCUGGAAGAAUUCCAGAAGAAGAGAAGCUGCUGACCAAUUGUGCUGCCAUUUCAUUUCUCUGACCUUGAAUGCUGCCCGUGGAAAGUGGGUUCCAGGCACGGCUGAGUUGUGAUGUAAUCGGCCUGCAGCUGCCGGGCCUGACUUGGUACUUUGGAGAGAGAGCGAGCGAGUGAGUGAGUGUGUGUGUGUGAGUGAGAGAGGUUCUGUGAUCUCUCAAAGUGUUACCUUCUGUAAACAGCAAGAAUAAUUGAAUUUGUUAAAGACUCAAAGUGAUUGACAAGUAAGAGGCGUUAGUUCACUGAAGGUGAUUUCACCAGAGCGGCCUCCUCAGACGAGAAAGCUGAGCCUGUGUCCUGCCCUCAGCAUUUCUCUUCUGGCCAAAAGCAGUCAGUUUGCUAGCCGUGAAAGAUAAAGUUUUAUACACACAGCAAAAAGGAGGAAAAAAAAUCUAUCAUCUUGUAAGAGACCUGUUUUUAAAGCAUGCGUUCUAUUUACUCUUUGAAAAGCUGGAUUUACUCGUAAGCCUAUUUUAACCUAUAGUAUCAUGCUUUUAUUGUUUCUUUUGGAAAAUACCCUAGAGGCUUUUUAUUACUUGCUAUAGUUUUAGGGAGUGUACCUCAAAUAGGUCUAAAAAAAAUAGAGAAACCCUCUGUUCUCUGGUUUGAAACUUCAUUUUUACCCUUCUGUCGUUUGUUGUACUGGUUUGGUUUUUAGGGGUUUGUCAGAGACUGUUCCCUGUUCGGGUUUGAAGAGUAGUUCCUUCGGACUCUGGAAACGGGUGCCCGCACCUCACCCCGCCGUGACACUGUACUUGCCACUAGGCACUGCCUUGUUUGCGAAGCGUCCCUUUACCAGCUGCCAGCACCUGCGAUACACGUGGCUCCCACCGCAGAACUAAUACCAGGCUGCUCGGGCCGUAUCCUCCUGCAGCCCGCCUGCUGCUUGCUUUCCCGUGAACCAUCUGUCGGCGUGAAGUUCAGGUUAGGCUGUGGCCCCCGUCCUGCAGUCCUGUAAUGCCCCGUGUCUCCUCGCUGUCGCGUGCAGCCUUCUGCCUGCGCUCCACGUGGUUAGUGAGGCGUUGGGUAGGAAAUUUCUUCUGCAUCACCAGCCCAGGGAUGGCUAGUCACUACUACUUGGUGUUUGAUGUUUUCGUAGAAUGCAUCGUCGGUGCAGUAUCUGAGGGAACAUCUUUGCUUUCAAGAGAGAAAUUUACUGUAUAUAAUGAGCUUUUUCUUCAUCCUCAGGCUGUGCUUGGGUCUGGAGUCCAUCCCUGCUCCCUGCAGAGCCAGCCUGCCCAGGGCAUUGUGAGCAGCCUUACUUUUUCUACAUGCCUUAGGUUCCAUCCCGUCUGUGCCUUACGCCUUUGAAAACCUGCCCGGUUGACUGUAGUAACCGGAAGACUCAGAAAGUAUCUUUUGGGGAGCUUAACUACCUGGCUUUCUGCCUCGUCUUUCCAGUGCGUGCAACAGUUAGACUAUGUUUUAGAGUUGGGAUUUUUCAAAGAACCAACAUUGCUUCACUCAGUAGGGAAAAAAAAAAAAAAAAAAAAAAAAAAAAAAACACAUUUUCCGAUGAUGUUUGUGCCUGCGCAAGCCUCUCUUGAGUUCUCCACUGCCUCCUGUCGUCCAAGACUAUCUUGAACAAGAGGAGAGAAAUCGGGGGGUGUUUCUCCUUCAGCUUUUUGGGUCGGGAACCAUUCUUUUUAAUGCAUCUGUAGUUUAUCAUUGUUGUAAUUUAGUACCUUGAAGAACAGGAGACUGUUUUCUAAAGCAAGAUUUAAAAAAAAAAAAUGAAGGCGGGCCGUAAGCGGUGUUUCAGUGUCUUCGCUGUCCGCAUUGAUGAUGUGCUGGCACACUGUAAUGCUUGAGCUACUCCAACCCAGGUGGGCGCUCCUGGUCUCGCCUGGAGAAGUGAGCUCUGCCUUUGCGCUGACCAAGAGUCACGAUGCGAAGACAUCCUUGCUGGGGCCUAGAAAUUGAAGUUCUUUAAUCACUGCACUGAUUGAUCGUGAGCUUUCUGGGUAGUGCCCGUGGUUAGAGUGAACAUAACUUGAGUUUUUGCUUGUGCAGAAGUGUUUUCAUAAGUUCGCUCAAGAAACAUGCAGCUGUUCUAAACUGGAAUUUCGCAGCGUUCAUUUAGAAUUUAGACAGGUGGAGAGCUCCACUAUGAUUCCUGGCAUCUGCUUUUGCCUAUUUCUCAGUAGUGUUUGCAAAACAGAAAAAUGAAAGCACAGAGGUUGUGGUGUGGAGCCUGCUGUCCUCUGCCGACACCGCGCAGGGCAUCGCGGCCGCUCCGACCCUGGCUUGGUCCGAGUCUGUCCCAGCUCCCCCUCUGGCGUGGCUGCUGCCCUGGCCUCUCACACCCAGGCUCACCGCUUCCGAAACCCGGACCCGCCCCAGCAGCCUUGCUGUGAGAGCCCGCGAAGACUCCGCCUUCCUCUUCCACCGUCCAGGCCUAAAGCAAGGCUGCGGCUCACUGAGGUCAGACUGCCCCGGGGCGACAGCUCGGAAGCCGCACCAGUGCAAGGACGCACCUGAGGGAUUCUGUGCGGCGCCUGCUUCUGGCGGCCCAGACACGGUGGGAACUGUGGCGCAGGGCAAAGUUGGAACAACAACGGACGUAUAAAGGAAUCUGUCCAUUUUGCUACCACAAGCUACCACAGGGCAAACAGCACACAGAAUUCCUGAGAGCUCCCACCGCACCCCUGCUUUGAAGUGGCCUGGAGCUCAGGGUGCAGAGAACCUGUCCCUGAGCCAGCCAGGGCCACCUCUGCUGCCCGCCUACCAUCACCUGACUCCCAGGAGGUGCACACUGUGAACGCAGGCUUGUCACUUAGCCCCAGGUGACUUCCUAGGAAUAGUUGCUCCUGCUUGACCUCACAUGAGAAGCUCAGCAUUGCAGUUGUUGGUAAACAUCAAAACUUGAGGUUGCACGGGAUGCUGAUAUGUUGUAACACCCUUUUAGUAGAAGACUUGGAAGUGUGACUCCAGGACGUGGUACCACCCGUCUUGACGUGUGAACGGAUAGUACCACACAUUCAGAAUUUUAGAUGAUGUAUUCGAAUUCAACUUUCCAGUAACUGCAGCUGCUUCUCUUAAAAGUGGUGCCUAUCACAACCAUUAAUGGAGUUUCUCCUUCCAUUAUGGAAAGCAAAUCAUGUAAGCUUCCUGGUAGCAUAAACACAUUAAAAUUCUUCUCUCCAAAGAAUUGCCUUUUGGUGCCAACUUGACGAUUUUUAUGACUAGCACGUGAGGAAAUCUCGUGUUUCUGAGAUAGUUGGGUGUAGGAAAGAACAAUGUUAAAAGUUAAUAUGCCAGCAUAGUCACUUAAUUGUAUUAGUCCCGAAACUGCAGAAUCUUUGCCUUGGAAAGAAAAUGCUGAAAUAUUAUUAUAAACCCUUACCUAUUGAUAGAGUUCAACCAAAUGCAUGCUACAUUGUGACAUAUAAAAACAAAGAUAUAUCAUUUCCAAAUCUUUAAAAAUUAUUCACAAAACAGUGAGCAACUGGAAUAAAUGAAGAUAUGAAAGAUUUCAAAGGGUGGUGUUAAUGUUAUAUAUAUUUUGAAGGUUAUAGUUUCUAUUAUCAAGUAUAUUGCAAGAAUUUAUCUUAAAGUCACUUGGCAGCCAUGGGCUCAGUAAGCACAGUUUACCUUUUUAAAGCUGAGCUGAGCAAACUAAAUUAUCUGCACUGCUUCCUCGUUUCAUUGGCAACAGCGGCCCUGGGCCCGCGAAGCUGUCCUUGUCACGCAUGCCCCAGAGUGUGCUUACUGAGAGAGCAGCAGGGAAAAGUGUUUAAGGCCUGGGAUUCCUGCGCCGCUAGGACUCGGAAAAAUUGUGACCCUUACUGGAAACCAUCGAUCAGGUGCACUGCAUACACUCAAGUCUAUAAUUAAGACCUUCACCUGUUCCGUCUCCGCAAUGGACGGCGACCAAGCCACAACUGGCCUUGGAUAAGCAACAGCAGUAUUUUCCUCAAAGGCGUGGGGAAGUCGCCGUUUCUUUGCGCCCUGGCUCCCUUUGUAUCGAGCGCAGUGUGCCGCCCGGUUCUGGCACACACGCGGAUUUCCGGCACUUCUGACUGUGUGCUGCUUCCGAACGCUCCCUGUGGUCUCCUCUGGAGCACCGCGCACCGCAGAACCCUGGAAACACAAGGCUCCCAUUUGUAAACGUCUUUUUUUUCCAGCUAGGUUUUCCCUUGGUCUGGUUUUUUGGUUUUUAACGAAGUACCAGCUGACUUGUCAAAAUGUCCUCUAUUUCUUAGCAUUCGUGCGGAAUGAGUUUAGAGAAACGCAAGGCCUUCCAUCCACAACGUUCUAGCCCUCAGAAGAGAACAAGAGCCACCUGAAAGUAAAUAGACCUUUCACAGACACCGACUUACGUACCGUGACAGCAGUUUGAAGUUAAGAUGGUAAGGAAGGAAAAUCAUCUUCCUUGCAAAGGUCUAUUUUAAAAAUCACUGUCCAGAUGGACUUUCUUCUGUACUCCAGUGCUUUCCACAAGGUGGCGCUUUAGAGAAAAAUUAGGAUCUGAACAAGGCUUCAGUACUUCAAUAGACAUUCUAACUAUUCUUCUGCACAUAUCUAAUUCUUACCUAGCACUUGUUUAACAGAAUGCUGAGUAGUCCUUAUAAUGUCCUGUAACUUAAAUAUUUCACCUGUUAGCUAGAUUCUGAACAAUUGCAAAUACAUUUUGCUUGAGGUUGGAUGAUGCACCCAUUCUGAUCACUUCAGUGAGUAAAGAAAACCUAAUCAUUUAUUCAAGAAGCAUUUUUCUGAGAUUCCUAAGAAAGGCUUGCUUACUCAGAAAACAACCUGCACCUGUGAACAGGAUGGUUUCGUUAGGAGCCUGAAACUACUCCAGUGGCACCAGCCAGGACACCCUCCGCCCCCAUCUGCUGCUCUCGCACUCCUAAUAAGGUGGCAUUUCAACCCUGAUUAAAUGUAAAAGUCCAAUGAGAUAAAUAAACAAAUACUGCGCCAUUGAGUAGGCAAAACUCUUCAUCAAGGAUGGCUAUUCCAAAACACCCCUAAAUUACUGGAAGACCCAGUGAUCUGCAAUCUUUACAUUUGUGUAAUCACACAUGCAAAUUCAUGAACUAUUUUAUUCAUUUUGUCUCUGUAGGAUGUGAGCCUGACAACUUAGGGUCAUAUCUACUAGAUGUUUAGUUUCUCUACUCUGGAAGUUUGGAGCAACUUCAUUUUUGUUGUAAUUCUCGGGUCUGCUGAGAAACCCAUGCCCUCCUUCCCCUGCCUCCCAAGCGAUUGAAGCUGGUUUUGGAAGUCCCCUGCCUCCCAGCAGUGUCCCUGAAGUUUAUCAGGAAGCUGCACCCUUUCCCAGAGCUGGCUUAGCACAACUCAAGGCAGUUUGUCCCUCUGAGUGGCGGGCACUCACAACACCUGCUCAGUUUCUCUCCCCAGGACGGGCCGACGAGGCUCCUGGUAGAUGCUGAGCCCCAUGCCCCACCCAGGAAGGGCUGCGGAGAGCUAUUUGCAAAGCCAAUGGCCUCUUGCAGUCCCACCUGCUCUCACUGAAGUGGAACCUGGUGCCUAUGGCCCUAAGGGAGAGGCCCACCUGGGCCCUCGGGCUGCCCUGCAGGGACCAGCCUGCAUCCUCAUUGCUCAUGCUCUAAACUUGACUCCCACCUGAGGCCCCCCCUCGGUGGCCUCCCAACUGCGGGCGAGGCCCGUGUGCCCUGCUGCUGUCUCAGAGGCACCUGUCAGCAGCCUUGGGAGGGAAAGCGUCCCUAGAGGCGAACGGGUGUCGUCUGUCCGUAGAUAAGUACAACACAGUUCUCCGAAAGUUCGGGUCUGGGGGUGUGGUAGAAGCUGCUCGGUGAGGCCGUCUACCCGGCGUCUCUCAAGCUAUAAGCCCAGCUUUGUUUUGUUUUGUUUUGUUUUGUUUUGUUUCUUUUAAGAGAAGAUGUGUAAUUACAGGAGAUUUUCUUUUUAUUUUUUUAUGUUCUGUCGUUCUGCAUAUAUGAUGGCAACAGAUAUGCCUGGAAGAGAUUUGCUUUGGAAAAUCGUUUUGUUUUCCUGCUUCUUGAGUUGGCAAAAGCUCCUCCCUCUUAGCUUCCAAUUUCUUCUCUUUCCCUUGGUCGAGUAGUUAGAGGUAUGCAAGUGAAUUCUCUAGUGCGGUAGGGGAUUUUUCUGUCUAGGGGAAGCCUUUGUGUGACUAGUUUGUUCACACACAUAGUCGGCACCUAUCUUUUUAGGAAUUUGAAUCGUCAGAUGUAGGUUUCCUUGGGGGGUGGGGGAGGGGAAUGACAACACCUUGGCUGCCAGGAGCUGUGAUCCUCGUUGGCAGGCAUAGGGCCCGCAGUUACUUAAUUCCUGACCCCGUGUUUCUAGCCAAGUUCUGUGCAUGCGCUUAGGUCAAGUUCUGAAGACACCCUUUGCAUCCUUACUUGAAAUCUUCUGAUCUUAACGUCUACAAAAUGCAAUAACACGUAUCAGCUUGCAAUAUUACUGUGGUCACCAGCAAGUCUGAGUUUGACCUUGAAGUCUCUGAGUAAUGAAAAUCAGUCGCAGCAGUAAUAGUUUUCUUGAACUCCCAAGUACAUCACUCUGAUCCUCUGUUGGCAAAGAUAUAUGUGUGUGCAUCAUGUUUCCUCACUUUCUUGUUUAUUUUCCUAUGACCCGUCAUAAAUAUAUUAGUACAUGGGAUAAUAGCAUCAGAUACCCUUAGAAACAGCACUUAACAUGUGGGGAGUGUUUUUUCAAGUUUUUCUACAUUUGCAUAAAUUAUUUCUAUUAUUAUUCAUGUAUAUUAUUUAUUUCUGAGUCACACUAGUCCAGUGAAAGUGCAACUGAAGACAAAGUAUUAGGACUUGCAUUUAACAAUGUUUAUCAACAUGGACUUGAUGGAGCUAAGAAUAUUAAAAUUAGACUUAACCCCCCAAUAAGCUGCAUGCAUUUUUAACAUGAUUACUAGAUUGAAGUCUAUAGAUGUAGUGUUUGUGGUGUCUAGGUAUUUUAUCAUUAUGUUAAGGCAUUAAAGCAGAGGACUUAGUUAGCUGUUGCUUUUGUCAAAUAUGCAUAUAGUAUAGUGUGGAAAUACAGCAAAGGGUUUUUAAACUAGAAGUAGAAAAGCAUUUUAGAAACUGCCUUAAUUGAGCACCUGUGCCCAGUGGCCAUCAGAGGAUGUGCCCGGUGAAGACAGGCACCUGGGGCGUACCUGGUCUGUGAAGAUGCUUCCGCCUUACUUCGUAGAGCCCUCGAAGGCGUUGUGUGCAGCUGUGGGAGCAGGGAGUGCUGUUGAGAAGAGAGUGAUGUCAGAGUUGUUUUGUAGAAGCGGAACUGCCCACUGUGCCUUGAGGCUUCCGGAAUGUGUCGGGUGGAGAAGUCCUGAGUUUGCCUGCUUCGGGCAACUUGACCAUGCGCAGAAGCAAUCCAGCCGGGUGAUAGAAAACAAGGGUUGCAUGUGCAAUCAUUGACAAAGGGAUCUCAGCAAACAACCGUUCCCAGCACCUCAGAAGUUUGUUGUACUUGUGGUGUUUUGGGUUUUAUCUGAAGGUUAAAGGGCAAGUGUUUGGUAUAGAAAAGCAGUAUGUGUUAAGAAAAGCACAUUAUCAGUUCUCACGGAGUGCAGAUUAGAAGUCGAGAGUGGUAGAGGAUUAUUUCUGAGACGUGUAGAGCAUGUGUUCACUGUAAAAUGUGUUAGUGUUUCUGCAUUUGCGUAGGGCCUACUUAAAUCUUGUAGAUUUCAGAAAGGCAGUCGCACACAGUAUGUUUUUUUUCCCCUUGACUCCUUAUUAGAAUUAAAAAUGCUUUAAAAGUUAAAAAAAAAAUCUUCAUUUGGAUGUUUGACUUGUUGGCUUCUGUGUUUAAAGUCGCAGUUCUAGAAAUGUAGAGAUUGUGCAUGUCAGAUGCUAACUGAUGACCAGCACACCCACCCCUGCGCACCUGUCCCCUGCGUCUCUCCCUUUCUCCCGCCGAGGUGCUCCCUGCCAUCGUCCUGGCCUGUCCGUGUGCUGCUGUCCAUCCUCCUCUGCUCAUGUUUGGGCAUCAGGGACAUAAGAGAUAACUUUAGCCACAAUGGGCGUGCUUGCCUAGGCUUGGUCACUACCCGCACUUGGCCUUCAGCUGGUCAUGGUCAUCAGAAGAUCUAUGAGGCCAGUGUUGUGGCACAGUGAGUUAGGCCAUGCCUUGCAGGGCUGGCAUCCCUUUUCAGAGUGCCAGUUCCAGUCCAGGCUAUCAUGCACUUCUCAACCAGCUUCCUGCUAAUGCGCCUGGGGAGGCAGGGAAAGAUGGCCCAGGUACUUGCUCCUCUGCCACCCAUGUGGAAGACCAGGAUGGAGUUGCUAACACCUGGCUUGGGCCUGUUCCAGACCUCAUUGUGGCCAUUUGGAGAGCAAACCAGCAGAUGGAAGAUCUCCCUGUCUAUUGCUCUGCCUUUCAAAUAAAUGUUUAGAAAGAGAGAGGGAGAGCUGGUUCCUGAUGGGAGGCACAGAGGGCGCGCACAACAUCACUCAGAAAUCCCCUCCCCCAUCUUUGUGUGCAACUUGACCUUUAAACCAAGUCACUCUGCGGAGCAUUCAGCUUUGGCUGUGGUACCGAGUGAGAAACUAACCAAGAACAGAAACCACAUUCCAAGCUGCUGUUUUCUGUCCAUCUACAGGCUGUACUUUCACUGUAUCUCUUCAUACUUGAAACUCAUUCUGCUAUUUUAAUAUCAGGGUACAGACUUCCAAGGGUGCAUGUUCCUGCCAGGUGCAUAACUACUCUCAUUCCGUUUGUUCAUUUUGCUACAGAGUGCUCUGUUUUGGUGCUUUGGGUUCAGCAGGUCACAGAAGCAGUGUAGCAAAUCACUGCCAGGACCGCAGUUCUAGAAGAAUGUUGCCAGAUGACUUGGUAUUGGGUGUGGCUUCUGCUCCUUCCCCGUCCACAGGGUGGCGCGUGCGCACGCCGGCCUGUCCACCUGGCUCUCCUUGCGCACAGGCUGGCCGUGGCACAGCAGAGAGCUUCCUACCUGUUCAGAUUAUUUAGUCCUGAAAGCGAAAUGGCCUUGGGUGGGAAGGGCCCCAGUCACCAGCGACUGCUCCCCCAUGCUCACAGAAAGCCCUCCUGAGGCCAAAAUGAAUAAUAAAACUGCCAAGUUCACCUCUCCGGAGCGCCUGAGCGACGCUCUCACCCCAGAGGAAAGCUCGGGCCCAUUUGUUUAGCCCUCCCCACCUGAAAAGGGACGUGUACCAGAAGGUGUGCAUGUCAUGUAAAAUAGGCCACCCCAGGACCCUCUGUUGUAGCUUUCAGGGGUGCCGGAAGCCCACCCCCCACCCUCCCACACACACACCCCCACACCCCUGGUUUCUGAGGUCAAAGGGAGCCACUCCUGGCCGCACCUAACUCUGACACUUCAUUGGAGAGAGGGGGACCUGCAGUGGCGAUUAUGUCGUCAGGAAAUGCAGAGAGUUACAGAUCAAUGAUUCUUUGGAAACUGGAUGUAUUACUGGGUGCUAGAAUGCAAAUUUAGGUAUUUAUUGUCAGAUAAUGGAAUUCAUUGUUUUUUUUCAAAAUUGUUGAAGUGUCACUGUCCAUUGUGUUCACUUAUGUGCAAGCUAAAUUGAAUGAACCAACAGAAAAUGUUCAUUUGUCAUGCCUUUUGUAUUUCUUACAAUAAAAAUAUUGGUAGCCAAUAAAAAUAAUAAAAUAGCAAAUUUUAAACUGC